CUGGGGGCUUACCAUAAUGUCUUGUAGCAGUAUUGUUUCAAUAUUACUUUUGAAAUUUGUACCAUGACACUUAGAAAACAAUAUUACUUUAAGCUUACAUUUCUUAGCAGUUUUGAUGACGUCACAACGAAACGUUCAUUCAAUUUCGUACUAUAAGCCGUUAUUUGACAACUAGUAAUAUUGUUUUUACGUCAAUUUUUGCGAUCUUGAAAAAGUUGGUCGGAUGCCAUGGAAACAAAACUUUUUUCAUAUUGAGUGUGAUUCCUUCAAUGCUUACAAACCACUUGAAAACCUUAUGAGACAUUUGUGUGUUGAAAUAAGUAAGCAUAAAGUGUUCACUGUGUUAGUUACGUUACGUUAGUGUUUGAAGGUGUUUGUUUACGUGAUAUAUAUAAAACAACGUUUGUAAUGGCUAAUGAAUACGAGAUCUUUGAAUACUUGGAAGAAGAAGACGACCAUGAAGAUAGUGUAAGGAGGAAGCAGGCAGCAAAGGAGCGGCAUAGACGAUUACGGGAUCAAUGUGAUCCGUUUGAAAUAUACACGGAUGCUCAAUUUGUUAAGGAGUACCGAUUGACCAAAACACUAGCUCGCGAUUUAUGUGAAGAGAUUCGACCUUUCCUUAAAACACCACAAAAAGCUACUGACUUGUCGGUGGAGACAAAGGUUUUGACUGCUUUGUCAUUUUUUGCCACAGGGUCUUAUCAAAGACCUACAGGAAAGAUUCAAGGGCAUUUUGUAGCUCAGCAAACUGUGUCUACUGUCAUAAAUGAAAUUUCAAAGUGCCUAAAUAAUACAUAUUUUAGAGAAAAAUAUAUUCACUUUCCUAAUAAUAGUGAUGAACAAAACAAAAUAAAAACAAGAUUUCAUAACAAGUUUAAUAUUCCGGGAGUAUUAGGAUGCAUUGAUGGCACUCAUGUUGCUAUUGUGCGUCCUAACCAGCAUGAAGACAGAUAUUUUUGCAGAAAGGAUUACCAUUCUCUAAACGUACAAUUAAUUUGUGAUGCUGACAUGCAAAUUAUAAGUGUUGAUGCCAGUCAUGGAGGUGCAACUCAUGACUCUUUCAUUUGGUCUAGUCAUCCUUUAAAGGACUACAUGGAAGAACUAAGUAAUAAUGAAAAUGUAUGGUUUCUUGGUGACUCUGGAUAUCCAUUAAGACGGUACAUGAUGACGCCUGUUUUAAAUGCAGCACCAAAUACACCAGAGGCACAUUAUACAAAUUUGCAUGUGCAUACUAGAAAUAUAAUUGAACGCACAAUUGGUCUUUUAAAAGCACGAUUCCGUUGUUUACUACUACAUAGAAGAUUGCACUAUCAACCAGAGGUAGCUGGUUCUAUUGUCAAUUCAUGUGUUAUAUUACAUAAUAUGUGCAAUGGAGCCAAGCUACCUCCGCAAGAGUUAACUACAGAAGAAAGACAAGAAGAAUCGCGAUUAGUGGCAAUUUAUUCUGCACGUAGUAGUAUUCCAGUGACCGAAGGAGGGCGUGGUAACGUAGCACUCCAGCAGGGUGUGGCCGUGAGGAAUGCUCUCAUUCAGCGGCUCUGGGAAAGGCGGUAGACAUAAUGCUGAAAAUAAUAAUGUAGUACUUUUAAUUACAUAUUUUAUAUAAUUAAAAUUUAAGUGCUUAUUAUUUUAUUUAUUUUCUCAGUAAUACAUAGGUAUUUGGAUUUUUACUUACUAAAAUCAAGUUUACGGAAAUUAAGU